ACAAUCGUCUCCUGUGUAAACCCCUAAAGUCAACUGUCAAAAUAUGAUGUCUUUGAAAAAUAUUAUUGUUAUCAGUUGACCGUUUGAACUUUUAUCAUGAGUCAAAACAAAAACGUCAACAGAUUUAACAAAUCUUGUUCAUUUUUUAAUUUACUCAUAUUCUUCAAUUGUUUUCAGAAUCUAAGUGCUUCUAAGUGAGUGAAGCUUUAUGAAAUUCGCGUCAAAUUUUAUUUGAACUUUUCAUCUAAGUGAAAACAAAGAAUCAAAUCGAUUUAUUACUAAAGCCGAAAACGUAAGAUAGCAAGAACUAUGACGCAAUUAUCAAAACCAUUUGAUCAAUCAAUAUUGAAAAAAGUGCAUAUAAACAAAAACUAUGUUGAGGCUCAAGUGGACCAAAUAUUGAAGAAUAACUUAGUAAAAUCUCAAGACAAUAUCAAUGCAUGGCUUUUGCAGGCUGUUAAACUGAUAGACUUGACAACACUAUCAGGUGAUGAUACCAAAUCUUGUGUCAUUAGAUUGUGUCAAAAGGCAGCCAAUCCUUUGGAUGAUAAACUUGUUAAAGCAUUAAAACAUGAAAAUAGGAUUACAACAGCAGCUGUUUGUGUAUAUCCAUCAAGAGUCAAAGAUGUAUGUAGUACUUUAAAUCGGAUUCCAGAAAUAGGAAAAGAAAUUCAAGUUGCUGCAGUUGCAACCGGAUUUCCUUCUGGUUUAUAUCCUUUGCAAACUAGACUAGCUGAAAUUGGUUUAACAGUACAGGAUGGAGCUACAGAAAUUGAUGUGGUAAUAGACAGAAGUUUGGUACUCAUGGGCAAAUGGGAACAACUUUACAAUGAAAUUGCGCAAAUGCGCAAAGCGUGUGGCACAGCUCAUCUGAAGGUUAUUCUUGGCGUUGGUGAAUUAGGAUCCUAUGAAAAUAUUUAUAAAGCAUCAAUGAUUGCAAUGAUGGCUGGGGCUGACUUUAUAAAAACAUCUACAGGAAAAGAAACUGUGAAUGCUACAUUGCCAGUGGGUCUAGUAAUGUGCAGGGCAAUAAGGAAAUAUUACCAAAUGACUGGUUUUAAGGUGGGGCUAAAACCUGCUGGAGGUAUUAAGACGGCUCAAGAUGCUGUAAAUUGGUUGAUCCUCGUAUACACCGAAUUGGGGCAAGAGUGGCUCUCUCCAAAACUCUUUCGCAUCGGUGCUUCUAGUUUGUUGGAUGUAAUAGAAAAGGAUUUAAAAAAAUAUUUAUAACUGUACAUCCGACAGUACGUAUAUACUUAAAUAAUUUUCAAACUUAAUGAGAAAAUGGUGCCAUUGAUAUUAUAUAGGUAAUAGGAAUAAAACGUAACAACUAUGUAAUAUGUAUACAAUAUUGCCUUAAAGACUUCAAAAUUAAUCUGAAAAGAAAGGACCAAGCUGUGAUUAAGGUCUUUCAUACUUUAUUUUUUUACAUACUUAUUAUAUUACGGUACGUUUUGAAGCGCAUUUGAAAUUGUUUAAAAUUUAUGCUACUUUACUCUUAAGGAAUAUGUGACACGACGAAAAUCAGUCAAUUAUUUUAAAGAUAAAUCGACAUAAUUAUGGUUGUAGUUCUUUAUUUCUUUUUUAUAUUAAAGUUUAUAUCACAA